CUCCAUCCUACAAUCUGUCACUAUUGAUGAAUCUCCAUCAAUUUCACAGAAUUUUCAGUGAUAGUGGAUUCGCAGUGCGACGUGAAAUGGCCAAAGUGCAACGGCACGUGCAAUGUUACGAUGCUUAUGCACCGUUGGAAAAGAUCCAGCGAUGUAUACGAGAUGGACAUCAUGUGAUGGUUUUGAUGCGAGGCAUUCCUGGCAGUGGGAAGACAUACCUGGCGAAAUUCCUAGCAUCUAAUUAUGGCGGCAUUAUAUGUAGCACUGAUGAUUUCUUCAUGGAGAAUGGUGAAUAUCGAUUUAAAGGAGAAAAGCUGGAGGAAUACCAUAGGAGCAAUAUUCUACGAGUCAGAGAAGCAAUGAAGGAUGGAAUCAAGCCAAUAAUCGUCGAUAACACGAAUAUUCAUGCGAAUCACAUGGAGCAAUAUGCUUUUCAUGCUGUUACCAAUUGUUACGAAAUAUUUGUUUUGGAACCAGAAACGUCUUGGAAAUACGUGGCUAGGGAGUGCUUCAGGCGCAACGUUCACGGUGUUGAUAAGUCUAAAAUCCAGGCUAUGUUAGAUUCACUGGAGGAGCAAGGAAGGCCAUCAUUGUCGCAGUUGGUCGGCAAAGGGCGUCAAGUCAAGCUAGAACCUCCGUGCGAGCCAGCAGAAGAUGGCUCUGGCGAGCCUGCACUACCUAUCAGUUCCGCAAGCAUCGUCAUAGCAGCUCCCAACAAUAUAUGUCCAUUAUCAUUGGAGGUGUCCGUUGAUGAUCGUCCUCCUGGAUUGCCGGAUCCGUCACCUAAUGACAUUCUUGCAAAACUAUUCCCUCAGAAUGGUGUGCAGUCAUCUCCUCAGUCACCAGCGCCAGUUUCGCUAUCUUUGGCACCUGAUCCCCGUCCUCGCACCCGUGUGGUCGAACAACGGGAUAUGGCGACGCAGACGAAUGAGGUUCUAGUCACGUUGACAUGUGCUGGUAUUACAUGUGACCUCCAAGAUACAAACGAAGGCUCGUCGUACACAAUUGAGCGAUUAAAAGAUCCUAAGAUUCGUAUGAAAGACCGUGUCACCAAGAUGGAAAUCAUUCCACAGAUUUCCGAACUCGAUGUGCUUGUCGCAAUAUUUCCGCAUGAGGAAGUCAACAACCUAACUCAUUAUUACCAGAUGCUAGGAUUUGACGGAUGUGUCAAGCUGCUUGUGGAGCUGGGAACUUAUGUUGACUGGUCAGCCUCGGUGACUGAGGGGGCUUUUGUGGAGGAGCUAGCGGCGGCGGAGAUGAGUGGUACUUGCCCGCACGCACCGCCUCCUAGAACAGAUUGGCAAAGGAUUGCCGAACAAGAAGGCAUGAACGAGAAAAAAUCGGCUAUGUCACCAGCACAGCCGGUACAGCUGGAAGCCCUGGCAGAGGCAAACUUUGUUUCUAUCAAGUUUGGCACGGAUGUAUUGCAGAAAAUGAGCGUAAUUUUUGGAGAUGGAUCGCCUGUUGAAGAGGAAUGCAAUGUGAGUGUACCGCUUUGGCUUUUGGAGCAGUUGUAUUUGGUUUGGCAAGGAGACUAUCGUCAAAUGCUGCAUGCGCAUGACGCCCAGCUGGCAUCAGUUUUGCAAGAGCACGAAAACGAGGAACCCAGCUUUACUACCGUGAAGAAACAGAUGACGGUCGCCCAAAAGCUAAACCUGAACGAGCUUAUCAAGGACUUCCGUUGCGAUGCUGAGUCCGUUCGAAGAAUUUAUGAAGACAAUAAGUAUGAUGCUGCUGCAACACGCGUGACACUUCACUUGAUGCUAAACCCUGACGAUGAAAUUGAGAACGUGGAAAAAAUUCUUACGUCAUCGCAGCGGACCAACCAGGUUCCUCCUCCACCGUUAGUGCCACCUUGUGCACCUCGACCUGAAGCGAGUCUUUCGCUUGCUCAGCAGCAAGCGUUGCAUUAUCAGCGUCAAGCCAACGAAUUUGCUGCGAAGCGAGAGAGCGAAACGCGAAAAGCACAGGGGUACAUCCGAUCUGGUUUGCAUCCAGCUGCACUUGUCUGCCAACAGAAUGCUAGAGAUCAUGGAGAAAAUGAAAGAUUGCUUCGUAAAAAGGCAGCGGAUAUCAUAGUCAAAGCCCAUGAGAAUUCGAGUUUCCUCGAUCUUCAUCUUCUCAAUCAAAAGGAUGCGUUGGCUUUGCUUCGAGAGCGGCUUGAACAGCUUGACCGACAUGAGUCCUUGAGAAACGGUAGGUCUGACAGACGUCUACGCGUCAUCACUGGCUACGGUAAGAGCAACGGCGGAAGGGCUGUGAUAAAGCCUGCUGUGGAAUCGUACUUGAAGAGAAAGAAUUACACUUACUGCUUUUUGAAUAUGGGAGAAAUUAUGAUUUACUGCAAAUAGCGUUGGUGUUUCCCGGAGUGUUUCCGGGACCAGAAAAGAAGUAGACGUCUGGUGGCUUGGGCUCCAGAAUCGAAUCUGAUCAUUUUUAUAUAUGUGUGUUACAUCUGGCAGGCAUAAAAUGUGUCUCUGUUAAUGCGUACAAAACCAAGAACUCUGUUUUUAGUCUAUUCACCUCUGCAUGUCCUGUAUCUCUUUUUGUAUCACUCCUUAUCCAUCUGACAUUUUUUCGUUUUGAUCCUUCUCGACUUUUUUCUUGAACUAUUUUUGAAUUAUCAUUAAGUGCCUUACAUUCAGAGUCCUAGUAUAUUAAUGCUAUUGUUAUUACUCACUUUGUAGAGUCAGUUUUGUUACUUGUACAUAUAAGAUCUGUGUGUAAAUUGUCCUUUUGCUCCACUAUCAGUUUAAUGUCGUCUAGAUGAGUGUAGCUGGAUUACCUCAUUAGCGAAAUGUCAUGUUUUAUUCCUACUUCUCUAUUUUUCUGAAGAUUCUCUGUUGAGUUAUUGAUACUCACUUAGAAUAAUCAAAAUUCGAUAGCUGUGUCUGUACCUCGCCUUACUUGCUAUGACUCAGUGUUUUCUUGUUAUUUUUGUUGGCAGCGAUGUUGAAGAACUUAGUCAUGUCAUCGGCUAUGAUUGCUUUGAUUUGCAUAAUGUGUGUUCAAAAAUCAAAAGUCUUCAUUCAUUGCUGUCUUAUUACCCAUCUUUGUUUGAUUCUGAGAGAGCAGUUGAUUUUAUUUCAAAUGUUUGAUGGAUUUUGGGUGAGAG